GAUAGUCUACUGCUCUGGCGCACGAGCCGAGACGAAUAGUAUGAAAAGAUAGUCAGGAGUUAGAAAAUAAAAUUACAUGGAUACUCAGGGUAGAAAGAUAUAAUUUCGGUGAGGUUAUGGGAUUACAGUUCAAUGAAAUACACCUGACUAUCCUCGAGUAUGACUGAGUGUCGUCAGAUUCGUUUAAGUCGUUGUAUACGAUAUAAAUCAAGUGACAAGCGGUUGAUUUAUCGCUGCCAAAAUAUAGUGCUGUCAACCUAUGCUAAGAAGAAAGAGAGUAAGAGUAAUAAGACAUAGUAUAGAAAAUACGUAUAUGUAUAUGUGAUUGUUGUCACUGGGUCACUGGGUAAUAUUUUGUGAAUAUCAUUUAUAAUAUUAAAUACAAGCCGAACAAUGUUUGAGGGUGCAGUGGCAGCUUUUUUAAAUCGUCUCCUAGGAAGAUAUGUCGAGGAUCUUGACACUGAACAAUUCAAUGUAGGAAUAUUCUCAGGUGAAACGUACCUGACGGAUCUUAAGCUGAAACCAGAGGCCUUGUAUCAGCUUGGGUUACCGAUUAGAAUAGAAAUUGGUAUUAUUGGAAAGGUAUCUUUAAAAAUACCAUGGGCAGGUCUAUUUUCUCAACCAAUUAUUUUGUGUAUAGAGGAUAUUUAUAUUGUUACUGUACCGUCAAUGUCUGGGAUUUAUGAUCCGGAAAUACAAAAAAAAUUGAUGCGCGCCUCAAAGAGGAAAGUCUUGGAAGAUUUGGAAGGUGAUGGAUUACUUCGUUCAGGAUUACCUUCGGGCCUUCUUGACAAUCUGAUGGCAUCUGUUGUUAAAAAUUUUCAGAUAACAGUGAAUAAUGUUCAUGUAAGAUAUGAAGAAACUUUUUCUGAUGGUUUUAAAAUCGCUUGUGGAUUAUGUCUACAAAGUUUUUCUAUGGCUACUACUAACAACAAAUGGAAGCCUGGCGUUACUCCAGUUACCUCAACAUCAGUAUAUCAAUUAAUACGCGUGGAAUCCCUUAGUUUAUACUUAAAUCCAAAUGGAAGUUCUUCAUUACCAUUUUAUCCAAAAAUAUGGGAUUUUACAAAUCUUUUGGCCUGGAAAGCAGUUAUGCAUCGUUCUUUAAGAACUUUUGCUAUAAAUAGUGAAGAAUUUCAAUUUCUUAUUAAACCUUUUACAACUAAAAUCAAAGUGAUUAUGAAUCAAAGUAACGAAGGACAGGCUGCUAGAAUGUUAGUUGACAUUGUACUUCAAGAUAUUGCAAUGCAAAUAUCCGACAAGCAAUUUGCUGCAUUUUGUUUACUGUGGGAAUCACUUCAACAAGGCUUCGUAGAAAGAACAAAAUUAAUUCAAAAAUGUCACCCAGUAGUUAAAAUAUCUGAAAACUCAAAAGCUUGGUGGCACUACGCUUGCACAGCUAUUCUUGAACAAAACAUUAGGCCUUAUACUUGGAAAUAUAUAAAAACUCACCGUGAAAAUUAUAAAGUUUAUAAAGAAACAUUUAUACAAAGUUUAUUAAGACCAAAUGAUACUGAAUUAAAAUUAGAUUUACAAAAGUACGAAGAUUGUUUAACAAUUUUAAACAUUAUUAUUGCAAGAGAACAUGCUAAAAUUGAAUUAAAAGAAAACUAUCCAGAUUGUGUAACUGUUGAGUCUGGAUCAAACAUCAAACUUGCUGUUAAUUGUGAAAAAAUUCAAGAAAUUUGCGGUAUACCGAGUAGUCCGAAGCCAAAUAAUACAAAUGACAAUGAGACUAAAUUUAAGCUAGAAUUAAUGCCUAAAUAUAUAGAAAAAAAAUACAAUUUUACAUUGGCUAAUUGGUCGUUUAGUUUAUUCAGCAAUGAUCGUGAAAUUCUUGUGACAACAAUAACGCAGUUUUUAACCAGCAUAGAAACACGACCUGAAUGCUUAGCUUACAAAAUAUCAGCUCGUGCUGAAAGUCUUGUUAUUGAAGGAGCUUCGUCAGAAAAUGACUUGAUACCUCUUGUCACAGCGGACAAUAUUUUAACAGGGAAUGCGGCUGUUAAUUUUUUAGCGAUAGAUUUUGAAAAAAAUCCGCCAAACUCAGACUUUAAUUAUGACAUAAAUGUUCGAUUAGAAGCAUUUGAAGUAACUUAUCACAAAUACGCAAUGCUAGAAAUAUUGAAUUUGUUUAAACGUAAUAAAUCUCACGUUCAGCAUUUAGCGUGUAGCCUUCAACGUGGCUAUAAAAGAACAAAAAGUAAAUGUAUUACGCUUAUUAACUCAAUAAUGAAUCGAAGAUUAAGAAUAAAUUUAAAAUUAGAUAUUAAAGGUCCGUAUUUUGUUUUCCCGGAUAACGGCUCUAUACAAGAAGGAGAGCAUAUUAUUAUACUUGAUUUAGGUAGAAUGACGCUUAAAACAGAAUUACAAGCAGUAGAAGUACAACUAGAAGAUGCAACAUUAAUGGAAUUAGAAGAAUUGCUUUAUGAUCGUAUUCAUAUAGUUUUAACUGAUAGUCAAAUGUUGAUAUGUCAUACUGGUGAUGACUGGCGUGAAUCACGGAGUUGGAAGGACUCUGAAAAUCAUGUUAUACCUAAAAUACAGUCAAAUGUUACCGUGUCUUUUAGUAUUAAACCUGAUUAUCGAUUACUACCAAAAUUAAAGCUCAACGUAUCUAUUUCUACAUUGAAAAUAAAUUUAUCUAAACAUAAACUACUUUGUUUGAAUGAAUUUUUAAAUCUACUAUCGAUACCAAAUCUUGAUGACAUUGAAGAAUUCCGACAAAGUCUAUUAAAAAUUCAAGAAGAAACAAGUGAAUUUAUUUCACUUUCAUCUGAACAAUUAAUCCGUGUAAGAACAAUCGUAGCUCUGUCAUCAUUUAUUUUGGGCCGAGACAUAUCUAAUUAUUCUACUGUCUUACCAUCAACAAUAAUAACCGAAUCGGAAAAAAGUAUUGUUUCUUCUUCGGAAUUCAGCGAAGAAGAUCUUGAGCAGUGGAUUAAAUCAGUCAAUUAUUCUGGAUUUGAUGAUAACAUCUCACCACACAAUCAUGUUAAUUUGUUACUUAGAAUAGUAAUAGGUGAAUUGUGUAUUCAUGCAUGUAGUACAAGUAAUGGUAGAGAAAAACCUUAUUUAAUUCUACGUCUCUGUACACUUUACUUGGAAUCUGCAAUAAUGGAGUACGGACCAGCUUUUCAGCUAGGAGUGGGUACUAUUGUUCUAGCUGACAAAACAAACGCCGGAAUUACAGGGUCUUAUCUUGAGCUUAUAUCAACUGACGGCUCAUAUGAUAUUAUCGGUAUGUCUUAUCGUAAAGUCCGAGCUAAUUGUCCGGAUUUUAAAUCACAUUUCAAGAGCAUUGAACAAUCGUUAAUAUUCAAUAUACGUAAUCUUAAUGUUGUUUUUCAUCAACAAGCUUUUCUUAAGAUUAAGGACUACUGUGACGAUUUAAAAACUAUACCAUUUCCUGGACAGAUACCGAAUAUCAUUGAAAUAAUAAAGUAUGCAUUUAAUUUCUUAAAAAAAAAUGAAGACGAUCCACCGGUACCGCCUGGCGCUAUCAAACUCAGUUAUUCGGCGAGACUUCAUACAUUUGUACUGCGACUUUGUACUAAAGACAUGGAUCUUAUGGAAAUUCGUGUAUUAGGAUUAGAAAGUGACUGCAUUUAUAACGCGAAUGAGAGAAUGAUAUUAACAGCAUACCUUCGUGGGCUUGCUAUUGAAGAUCUUAGUGAAAUUACCCUUUACUCGAAAAUUCUUACUACUGACGACGAUAAAGUAUUUGAUCUCAAAUAUGUGAGACACGCACCCAAACUUUAUUCAGCAUCUGAAAUGAAAGCGAGCGAUGACGUUAAAACCGACGGAAGUUUUAAGCUUUCAUUCGGAAAAAUAAAUUGUAUAUUGUUAUCAGAAGUAUUUCGGGAUUGUUGGCAUUUUAUAGAACCUUUUAUACAUCUUAUUAAAUCAAUUAUGCCGGCUCAGGCAUCUCAGCUUUUUGUUUAUUGGAGUGUUGAAGAGUUGAGAAAAAGUGCCACGAAAUUACGAAUUUUCAUUGAUUUCCAAGUCCCAACGUUUCUUUUGCCGCAGGCAAGAGAUGUGCCCAAUGUCAUACUUUUAGAUCUGGGCAUUUUGACGAUUGAAAAUUUUUUUAAGAUAAAUGAAAAGAUACGAACCACUGAUGAAAGCAUUCGAGAAAAUUAUUCCUCUGUCCUGGACAAUAUCUUGAUUAAAUUUUCUUCUAUGACUUUGUCACGAGCUAUCAUGACACUCGCUGGUGUUUUAAAAAUCCAAGAACCAAUCAUAGAGCCUGUUCAAAUUCGGUUGGAUGUAAAGAGAAAUAUUGAAUGUCGUAAUAAAACAGGGCUUCAAGUAUACGGUCUUUGUGAGAUUAUUGGAUCAGUGGACUUACUCAUGAUUAACUUAAGUCAAAAAGAUCUCGCGUCAAUUUUAAUUAUUUGGGGAGAUAAUUUAUCAAAAAUAAUAGCAAUUCAUCAAAAUGAUACAAUUGACAAUGAGUCUUUGAAAAAAAAAAUCAAUUUCGAAAAUGAAGCAACGGUUAAAAAACUCGAGGUCUUUUUUAUUCAAGAUGAAAAUCCAAUCCGUGAGAUAAAUAUGAAAAUUACAUUUGAUGGAUUACAAUUUAAUUUGUUUACAGACUCAGACGAGGUGUUGAGUUCGCCAGUACGUGACUUGAAUGACGGUUUAGGAAAGCUUACUCUUGGUGAAAUAAUUAUGACUUUUGAGUUAUACAGCAACAAAAGUAUGAGUAUGAAAGUUUCUUUAAGAACUUGUAUUCUAGAAGACACAAGAAAAGAAGAAACAGUAAUUCGCAAAAUAAUCCAAUCACCAGCAAAAUCAGCAGGACUGAAUUUCGAAUCUUGUAUCUCAGUAUCCGAACCACCAGUAUUUGACUUUACUUUCACACAAGCUCCAGCAGGAGAUCAGUGCAUUGAUAUGCUCAUUGAAGAAACUCGAUUCAACUUAUCAAUUCCAUUUUUACUACAGCUAACUCGUUAUUUUGUUGACUCCCUGCCUGCUGAACCACCAGAUACAGGUGUUGUCAAUGAAGCUUAUGAAGGACAUGCAGAGAAUCCUGUUGAAAAGAAAAAAGUGUUCCGAAGAUUUUCAACUCAAAAUGUAACAGAUUUAUCCGAACAAUCAGGUACAUCGGUGUCUAUACGAGUACGUAAACCAGAAGUUUUAUUAUUUGGAGAUUUGAAAGCUAGCAAUGCCCAUGCGAUCCUGGUCCAAGCAGAGCUAACAAUCGAGUAUAGUCGCCAUGCAGGAAUAUCAUCUAUUGUAUGUAUGUUAUCAAACGUCUGCGCUAAAAGCAAAAGUCAAGAGCGAUAUCGUCGUCAAGCACCGCAGUCUGUGCUACAUCCCUGUGACAUCGAAAUCAGCGCCAAGGAGAAGUCCCCAGAUGACCGAGCGCAAAUAUGUUUCGAUGUGAGCCCAGUCAAUAUCCAUCUGUCUGCCGGAGUCAUCUGCACAUUCAGCCAAAUUUUGAACGAUGCUGCUGGAAUUUUUCGAAUCAUCGAUGCCAAAUUUGAUAACAAAAAUGGAAGCUUGGAAUCAAAUUCGCACAUCGAUCUUUGGUCUCCAAAGAAAAUUUUCUCGGUCCCUUGUAAGCGCAACAGUCAGGAACAUUCACUGAUCAACUCAGCAGCGUUGGUGAAUGAACACUCAACACAAGUGAGAAUUUUUAACUUGAAACCAGUUGUUAUUCAUCUGGUCUUUGAAAUGGAAGAAACUAUUGAGCACAUUCCUAUGAUAAAAGCUGAAAUUGAAGUAGGUGCUACAAUCAGCUCUGUCGAUGAUAGAUUUCAACUUGAAUCUAAUUUUAAAAUUCAUGCAUUUUGUUAUAAUCACAAUCGAGGUAAUUGGGAACCUUUAAUUGAACUCUGUACACAAGACGAUGUUGCUUAUAAUCCAUGGGAACUGACAAUACGAGCUUAUCAAGUUGAAGCACAUGAGCUUAGCUCCUACUGCCGCCACUCUUGGAAUCAAAUAAAAAAAUCAACACCAAAAAGACGAAGAACUGAAAAUUACAACAGUGAUGACGAUCAAAGUAACGAAGAUAUGAUUUUUAUAAGACCCAAUUCUAAUCUUACGUCAAAAAUAAGCUUACCAGAGUACACGUUUGAACACGAUGAUGAUUCAGAUUCUAAUGAAGAAGAGGGUUCUGAAAAAUUAGCUAGGAGUUUUAGUCAUUUAUUUACAAAAGAUCAAAGUGACGAAGAUGAUGACAGUGAUUCUGACCAUUCUAGUAAAUGUGAAGAUGAAGGUCUUGAAUUAACCCCUGAUCAUGUGGCUGAAAUAAAUGACUGCCUACAUGAUCACACGUUAAUUAAAAGUGACUGUUGGGCAAACUAUAUUAUUAUCAAUGCAGAAGAGCGGCUAAAUUUCACUGUCACCAAAAAUACUAUAGAUAUUUUUGAUAUUAUUCUGGAACUAUUUUCAAAAAGUUGUACGGAAAUUCCAAUUGUCCCUACAAAUGUUGGGAAAUUGAGUUUACUUAACAAAAUUGGGCAUACUAGUAAGAUAGAAUUGCGAGCUGAAGAAAAAGGAAAUAGUAAUAAUAUUAGUCGAUUAAUAGCAAGUAAAGAAUUCAAAAUUAAAGAUGAUUCUCCUGUCAGUGCUCCAAGUAGUCCUGAGAGUGAGAACAAUAUUUUUGGUGAACAAUAUAUAGAAUACGGGUUUAUGGACCAAGAUGAUAAGUCUUACGAUAAUUCUCUUAAUAAUUUAGUUAUCUUUCCUGAUCAAUCUCCUGUCAAUAUUUACAACAGUUUGACCGAAGAGAGUCUAAGGAUUUACAUUGAUGACUUUGAAGAAUCAGUGAUUUUUUGUCCUAAAUGGCAAGGUUAUAAAUUAAUACCGUUACGUCCAGCAAAACAUGACGUUCGAUAUCAUCUAGUUGUUGAAGUAACCACCAAUCAUCAUUUACAUCGAACAAUAACUGUUCGAUCGCCUCUUCAAUUUCGUAAUGAAACAUCGUAUACGUUGGGGCUGUAUUACAAAAAACAAUUAGCUGAGCAAUUACAACUUGAGCACAUUGGUGAAACUUUAAAUCCAUUUGACGAUAGUAUGAGGAUAGCUGUCAUUGAGCCUCAUGAUAUUUACAAUGUUCCUAUGUAUAUUACUUAUCAUUUUCCUAUUCAUAUCAUGCCUGUACAUUUUGGAGAAUAUCAAGUAAGUGACCGCGGAAUAUUCUGGAAAGAAUUGUGUGAGAAUUUAAAUACUCCUCGUGAUAUUUAUUGUCAAUCUAAAGAUGGGAAUUCAAACUCAAUAUUUGGAGCUAAAGUAACUUGUACUGAGCAUCCAAAAUUCGAGAGAAUUAAUUGCCAAGUGCCACAGUAUCUCAUCAGCAUUGUUCCACCUAUAGUAUUUGAUAAUAAAUUACCAUUCGUUAUUGACGUUGAUGUUCCAUCAAUAGAUUAUGAAGUUAGAAUCGAGCCAGGAGAACGGAUAAACGUUUAUUCGAUAAAAUGUGACAAUGACACUACAGUUAAUUUCAAAAUUAAAAACUACCUUGGUGCUCAAUGGGCUGGAACAUUUAAAUUAAAUUCAGAAUUAGAGAGAAAAUUAAUUAAAAUGUUUGCGGACGGCGAUACAGAUGCUGUUUGGAGGCCAUUUAUGUUGUGUGUUGAAUUAAAUAAACUAAGUAGUUGGACAGUUGUUAUUUAUUCCGAGUAUUGGAUUAUUAAUAAAACGGGAUUACCUUUGAAAAUUCAGGAAACUUUGUCAAAUACCGUCGAAAUUCCUGGCGAAGACUUGAUAGUUUUUUCUCAGAAGAAAAAUCGUCGUAAGCUUGUGAUGCUAAAAGUUCAUCAAUCGGAUUGGUCAAUGUCAUUUGGCUUGGAUGCAAUAAGUUCAAUGUCCCUGAUAGUAUGCAAAGACGUUGAACGUAAACGAAAGUACAGAAUACUUGCAGAAAUAGCUGAUUCAACAUUAUCACCAAAUUUUACUAAAAUUGUAACCUUUUUACCUUAUUUCUUUGUGAAAAAUAAUACCAAACGAGCUCUAAGGUUCAUGGAAGAAAACGAAGAUGCUGAUUUAUGGAACGAUUUGCCAGCAGGACACGGUACCGCUUUCUGGCCUUACACAGAGUCUAUGAGAAUGAGAGUUAAAUGGAAAAACAGCCAACUAGUAUCUCAGCAUUUCGAUUUUACUAAUAUUGGAAAAAUCGUCCUGAGAAUGGAAAAUGGAUCAGCUCUGUGCGUUGAUGUGAAAGGAGGAAAUAAUUCUCCCUUCCGAAUAAUUUUUGAAAAAUACGAGUGCGGAGAUGCACCGGUACGAGUUGAUAAUCUCUGUGACGAUUUAUUUUUAAAAUUAAAUCAAGUUAAUUUAGGACAAGUAGCUUUGCUCAGUCCUUUCCAAAGUGUUCUUUAUACGUGGGAUGAUCCUACAGAAAUAAGAGAACUCGUAUGGAAUAUUUACAAUAGUAAAACUAAAAGUUAUACCGCACAAUUUUAUACUGAUGGCUACGGACAAGAGACUGUUACGUUUCGAACAUUGAAACGAUCACCAGUUAUGCCUCACUCAAAUUCUGUAACUAAAAAAUAUCCAAAUGAUACUAAAUUUGCGCAUUCUGUUAAUUCGACGUCACUUUGUAGCAGCAGUGAUGACUCUGACAGUGAGGCAGAGGCUAAUGCUCCAACUAUAGAGAAAGUCCAAAAAAAUAAAGCUAUUGUUUAUUGGAUAAGUUAUGCUGAAAAGAAACAACGAGUUUUAAUGUUUACUCAGGAUGAAAAUACCUUUUUAAAAGCUAAAAGUCUUGUGGACCCUGAGUGCAGUAAAAAUGAAAUAUUUUUAGCUCUAGCAGGAAUUGGUUUAAGUAUUAUAGCAGAGUCGCAAAUACCUAAUACAAACGGGCGGGAAUUAGCAUACGUUAGUAUAACAGAUUCAGCUGCUCACUGGGAAUUAGACAUUGGAAAACGUUGGAAAGCAUUGACAUUAGAACUUGACGCAUGGAUGGAAGACAAAUACAAACAUUCAUCCAAUAAUAUUGAGUUUGAUAAUUACAUUAAUGUUAAUUUUGCUAAAAUGCACAUGACUAAACCGUUCUUUGGUAAACUUCGUCGCACAUAUUCACCUGGGAUUUGGAUUCAUUUGAGAAAAUCAAAUACACUGACAUACGUACAGGGAAACAUUCACAGGAUACAAAUUGACAAUCAAUUACAUGAUGCUAUUUUCCCAAUUAUUCUUCGACCUGGAUCAAAAAAAUGUUUCAGUAAUAGCUCAGGAAUCCCAAGAUUGAAACACUGCAUUGAAUUUUUCUUUUUAAAACAAACUAAGAGUACUCAUGAUGUUUACAAAAAAAUAAAUUUAAUCAUACGAGAGUUUCAUAUUAAUUUACAAGAAGAAUUUCUUAUCCGAUUGAUUAAAGAUUUAUUUCCCAAAAAAAAAGACGAUACUAAACAUUCACUUGCAUCAAGAUUAAAAACCGAUUUAUCAAAUGUUUAUGUUUCUUUGCCUUGUUUGCCAGAUAAACAGGAUCGCAAUCGUAGUAAUAUUAUUGAACUUGUGUAUAUUGCACCUAUACAAUUGCAUGUUAAAUUUUUGGCGUCUGCUGAAGCAAGAGUUAUUAGCCAAGACCCGAUGGAUUAUUGUAAUAUUAUACGAAUGAUGUUUGCAUAUGCCAGCAAAGGAACAUUUUUAAAACAAGCUGAGUUCAGGUUACCUCACUAUGAACGUAUUGACACUAUGAUGGAUAAUGAAGAAUGGUUAUUCGAUGCAUGGAAAAAUUAUAAAUCCGAACUGAGACAUCAGUUUAAUGUAUUAAUACUGUCAAUGACAGUCUUGGGUAAUCCCUAUAGCUACAACUUUAAAUGCCCUGGAGAUAGUUUCUAUGACACGGAUACUUUAGUUAUACAGGGCGAUGAAACGGCUGAGAAACUCAGUUAUAACGUUGCAUACCUUUUAGGAUAUUCGUGUAUGGACGGCCUAUUUACUCCCAUUAUCAACAUUAAUUUAUUUGAAUCAGAAACAUCUCGUAAUAAGAGAAAAAUUUCACGAUUCGAGAGUACAGACACUCCGUUAUCGGCGUUAACACUGGAUAGAUCAUAUUCAAUCGGUGUUGAAUUAGAAAUGUCUGGCUUGAUAGUUAAGCCAUCAGAUAAUACUCAUCAGGAAGAAUUAAAAUAUUCUUUAAAAGCUCUCAGCAAAGGAAUAAUUGGAAUAUCUAAAUUAGAGGACGGAAAAUCUUCAUUAAGAAUUCAACCUGGUUUAAUAUUAGACACGAUAAAAAGAGCUCAAGAAAUGGGAUAUAAUUUUAUAUCACGAAUACGCUUUCCUCGUUAUAUUAAUCCGUACCUGGCAGUAGAACUAUACUCAACUUACAAAGCUCGUGGAAUGUAUCUUUUAAACACAAUAAUAAAGAGUGAAUAUGCGAAUGCUGAAAUUUACUGGGCUCAUGCUGCACUUUCUAAUGACGGAAAACACAUAGCUCUUGUGUCUUUACAGAAAAUUUAUCUCGUGGAAAAACGAUGUAGCAUUUGGGCGUCUUGGCACGUUGCAUGGUCCAUCGAAACAAAAGAACUUAUAGAACCACCUGUUGUUGAUGGAAAUAAACUUAUUCUUCAUGUGAAUAAAAUAUCACAGAAUCAAAUUUUAUCCCAGACCACGGCAGAUUGGUAUUUGGAGAGCGAAGAUACGACGACAUUGAAAUGGCUCAGUCAAAAAAUAAAUACUGCCAUGAUAUUAAAUAUGAUAAAUUCAAGAUACCGAUCAGGAUAAGACAAGAAAAAAAUUAAUGGUUAUUAUUUAUUGCUAUAAAAAAUUUUUUUAAUGUUGUGUAUAUGUUGUAUUAAAAAAAAAGUAUUUAUUCUGUACUAUGUAAUUCUGUAUAACGUGUUCAGUUAAAACACAAAUGAAAUUAAGAAAAAUUUUAUAAAUGUUAAUUUAAGUUGAAAAAAAAAUUAAGUUUAAUCAAUCAAAAAAUAAAAUAUUCGGUGUUGAAUAAUUUUAAUAACAAUUAUUUCUGGAUAAAGUACAUCUAGUUUAUUUCAUAAUUUAUUUACAAAAAGUCUUAGUAAAUUACACUUACAGGCAUCUCCACUCGAACUAAAGUAAAUAAUUUAAGAGCUACACGUAUUAAGAUGUCUAUAUAGUAGGAUACUUUGGGGGACUGGAGAGUAAGCCAAGGUUCAGGGAAAGUAUGUGUUGUGUUAUCAUUUAUUUUUUUUUACUGAUCGUAAUUUUAUUUAUAGGCGGUAUUACCAUCACGCGUGUACUUGUUUGAAUAUUAUUUUUUUUUUUGUUAUUAUUGUGUUGUAAUCUACUCGCUGACUUUUAAUAAAAAAUAAACCAUAUGAUCCCGAUAAUAAGUUAAUUGUUGAUAUUUAUCUCGACAUUUGAAUUACAAUGAAGAGGCGGAGGGGUCAGGUAAAUAAUUCAAUGAUUAGAAAAGUUAUAAUUAUGAAUAUAACGACAAAAAAAGUAAUUAAUAUUUGUUAUCAAACGAAAAUAAAAGUUUAAAAAAUUGAAUCAAAAUAAAAAUUAAUAUAAUUUGAGGAUUUAAAGAAAAAAGUUACAAUAAAAUGCUAAUCUAUAUACUUGAUUGCUGGCCAAACAUUCUAAUAAGAUAGAGAUCGUCAUAUGUAUAUAUAUUUAAGUAUGUGUUUAUAUACUUCACUUAAUUAUAUACAUACAUGUAAUAAAUAUACAUCUAUAUGUAUACAAUUUUGAGAAUUAAAUAUGCAAAUAAAAGCUAA